GGUCCUCCGUUUCUUGAUGUCUUUAGACGGAAAAUCGGAAACGGCUUGUAGCAUACCGUUAUUUCGACAAACAAGAAAAAUCCAAAACUUUAAUUAACGGCGGCAUCACAGUUCCCGUUUUGCAAACAUCAGUGACACAGCAGUCUCUAGGGUUCGUAAUUCGUAUCUAUCUAAUUUAAAAGCUCUUCUCCGAAGUUUGCAAUAAAUUCGUUUUCGCACCCUAAAUUUUCGAUCCUUUUGGACAACGUUGUGCUCCAAUUUCGGCAACUUACCUUAAGGAAGGGGCACAGAUUGGUUUUGUUUGGAAACUGCUAUUAUUUUUCUGAGAUUGGACACUUCAUAAUUCUCCUUUUUGUUCUGUUCUGCCUUCUCGUUCCUUUGAUGCCUAAUUGUUUGUUCAUCACCUUGCAUUUGAGUGGAAAAUUUUCAUAUUUACAUUUCAUGUUGUUCCUGUAAAUCUGGAUUUUCAUUGACCCUCGUUUGCCUUUGUGUAACAUAAGAGCUUGUGCUCGCCAACAUGCCUAUUGUUCUCGUUUCCUUUCGCCGCCUUCGUUAGUCUCUUUUAUUGUGAUAAUUAUGUAGUCAUUGACCCUUUAAUAAAAGUCUAUCGCGUUGCGGCCGUAUAAGUCUUGUGACUCUUGUCUCAUUGCACGGCUUCCACUGAGAUUCAUUCGCUGCGACCCCUUGUUUGGCCUUUCUUUUUGUUUCCUCCUUUCGAUAUGUGUAUACUUCUUCCCAGGAUUUCUUCUGGCCUCUGUGCCUUCUUCACAGUUGCCUCACGAGCUUCUUUCAUUAGUUUCAUAAGAUGCCUCGGGGAAAAGCAAAUUCUUCAUCAGCUGCUAAGCCAUCUGACUCUGAGAAGCCAGUUGAAUCUGAUGAGAAGGUUGAUUUUGAGGAGGAAAAUGAUCCAGAAGAAGCUAUGGAAGAAGAAAUUGAGUAUGAAGAAGUAGAAGAAGAAGUGGAAGUGGAAGAGAUAGAAGAGGAGGUGGAAGAAGAGGAGGAGGAUCCAGAGGAGGUAGAGGUAGAAGAAGAGGAAGAGGAGGAGGAAGAGGAGGAAGAAGAGGAAGAAGAGAUUGAAGAAGUGGAUGAAGAGGAUGCCAUGCAAAACCAUAGCAGUGAUGAAGCAAAGGUGGAAGAUGAGGACGAGAAGAAAAAACAUGCCGAACUCCUUGCUCUUCCUCCUCAUGGGUCUGAAGUAUACAUUGGUGGCAUUCCUCAUGAUGUCUCAAAUGAGGAUUUGAAAUCUUUUUGCGAGAGAAUUGGGGAAGUUGCAGAGGUUCGAGUAAUGAAGGGAAAGCAUUCCAGCGAGAACAAGGGAUUCGGUUUUGUAACAUUUAGAAGUGUGGACUUGGCUUCUAAAGCCAUCGAAGAGCUGAAUAAUACUGAAUUUAAGGGUAAAAAAAUAAAAUGUUCUACAUCUCAAGCCAAACACCGUCUUUUUAUUGGCAAUGUUCCUAGAAGCUGGGGUGUGGAAGAUCUGAGGAAGAUUGUUUCUGAGGUUGGACCUGGAGUUACUGGUGUGGAACUAGUCAAGGAUAUGAAGAACACCAAUAACAAUCGUGGCUUUGCUUUUAUUGACUAUUAUAAUAAUGCGUGUGCUGAGUAUUCUAAGCUAAAGAUGAUGAGCCCAACAUUUAAGCUAGGUGAGAAUGCUCCAACAGUGAGCUGGGCUGAUCCUAAAAAUGCCGAUUCCUCUGCUGCAUCUCAGGUGAAGGCAGUAUAUGUGAAGAACCUGCCGAAGAAUGUAACUCAAGAGCAGUUGAAGAAGCUUUUUGAACGUCAUGGGAAGAUAACUAAGGUGGUUCUUCCACCAGCAAAAUCUGGACAAGAAAAGAACAGAAUUGGCUUUGUACAUUUUGCAGAGAGGUCCAAUGCUAUGAAAGCACUGAAAAACACUGAAAGAUAUGAAUUAGAAGGUCAAGUUUUAGAGUGCUCUUUGGCAAAGCCACAGUCUGAUCAAAAGUCUGGAGGGUCAAACACACAGAAGCCGGGACCAGGAUUGCUUCCAAGUUAUCCACAACAUGUCGGUUAUGGUUUGGUUGGCGGUGCCUAUGGUGCACUAGGUGCGGGAUAUCAUGCUCCAGGUCUUGCACAGCCAUUGCUAUAUGGAGGAGGUCAAGCUCCCGCCGGAAUGGCCAUGAUGCCCAUGCUUUUGGCUGAUGGACGAAUUGGAUAUGUCUUGCAACAACCAGGAAUGCAACCACAAGCCCCAUCUUCACAUCAUAGAGGUGGCCGGAGCGGUGGCAGUGGGGGUGGCAAUAGGAAUGCUGGCAGUUCUAGUAAGGGAAGGCACAACAAUGAUGGCGGUCAAGGCCGCAGAUACCGCCCAUAUUAGCGGUCUUGAUAUAGAUAGUAGCACUUCCUUCUCUCAAAUGUACUUGGGCUUUUAUAAAGCUUAUUUAUUGCAUUAAAAUGUGCUACAUAUUUUUUAAUUAAAAAUUUAUUCAGUGUAGAUUAAAUCUUGAUGUCAAGGCGUUUAACGCGUAAGUUGAAUGAAUUUGGAUUCUUCCUGUGUUGAUAAAUUAAAGACUUUUUUGAACGGAAAAAGAAAAAAAACUGAUGCAGUCCUUUCUGUGUAUUAUUAUCGAGAAUAAAA